ACUGAGCAUGCGUCGAUCUGUGGCAGGUUACACGAGUUUUUUUUUUUUUUUCCUAAGGGGAAAACGGGCUACGGGCGGUCGAGCCUCGCUGCGAACACAACCAUGUUUUUCCUCUUGAACCCUCGGAGUCCACGCGAGAGUGGAAACGUCUCCGGAGCACCGGGGUCCGGAAUUUAACGGGCUGACACGUGAAAUGUCGCUGCGUCGGCUCGUCGGUAUUUCCAAGCGGCGACGGACAGACCGAGCCAGGCUAGUCUAAGCUAACGUUAGCCAGCUCGUAGCCAAGCAACGUAGGAUAGCGGCCGUUAGCCGUUAAACCGCCGGCUGACUGCGUUCCGGUGGUAUCGGACACACGGAUUGACAGGUUUCACACACCGGGGCUGCUGUUUCAGUGCGCGGACGUGGCGUUAGCUACACGUCAGUGUGUGUGUGUGUGUGUGCGGGUCCCUUAAGCUAGUCCACCGUCAAAGACUCCUGUUGACGUCCGGUUUUAUAUUAAAACAAGUCCCUUAAAACGGUGCGGAGAUGCGGCGCUGAUACGUUAGCUAGCCGUUAGCUCCGGAGCUCACGUCGCACUUCGCCCAGUCGGGUUUUUUUUGGGGGGGGGCGGGGUGGCUGACAUGGCAUCCAGCGGGUACUCUGACCUGAGGGACAAGCUCAAAUCCAUGACUCCGCAUCGAGACGAGGUGAAAAACAAAUACGCGGACGGGGAGAGCAACGGGAAGGGCAGCGUGAAGCGCAAGUUCCGGGAGUCCGACGACGACGAGCAGCACGGGCACAGCGACGACAGCGCGGAGAGCCGGGAGCAGGAGGCCGGCCGGGUGAAGGGCAGCAUCCUGCAAGAGAACAUCUUCACGCCGGAGGAGUGCGCCCUCAUCGAGGAGAAGAUCGACGACGUGGUGGCCAAAGGGGAGGCGGGGCUUUACCGCGAGCACACGGUUGACAGGGCGCCCCUCCGCAACAAGUACUUCUUCGGGGAAGGGUACACGUACGGGUCCCAGCUGGAGAAGCGGGGACCCGGCCAGGAGAGGCUGUACCCCAAAGGAGAGGUGGACGAAAUCCCGAGCUGGGUGCACGAGUUGGUGAUCAAGCGCCUGGUGUCCAGCGGAGUGGUCCCGGAAGGGUUCGUGAACAGUGCGGUCAUCAACGACUACCAGCCGGGCGGCUGCAUCGUGUCGCACGUGGACCCGCUGCACAUCUUCGCCCGGCCCAUCGUGUCCGUGUCCUUCUUCAGCGACAGCGCGCUCUGCUUCGGCUGCCGCUUCCAGUUCAAACCGAUCCGGGUGUCGGAGCCGGUGUUCGUCCUGCCCGUGAGGAGAGGCAGCGUCACGGUGCUCAGUGGCUACGCUGCUGAUGACAUCACCCACUGCAUCCGCCCACAAGACAUCAAGGCCCGUCGUGCAGUAAUCAUACUUAGAAAGACCCGACCAGAUGCUCCUCGACUGGACUCUGAAGGCUCUUUUCCUGUCGAGAGGCCGGCUCCUCUGAAAGCCAAACGCUCUCAUCGCAGAGCAGAUUCUAAUGCUGCUCGCAGACCGCGGGUGCUGGAGAUGGACAAAGAGGAGAACAGACACCCGUCAAACUCCCACCACCACCGCCGGCCCAGCAUCAGCUCCGAGAACUACUGGAGACGCGGUCAAGAGUCCGACAAACACCGGGAGAGUUCAGGGCGCAAAGUCAAAAUGAGACGCCACUGAGCACCCCUCCCUCCCCCCUUUCUCUCUCUCUCUCUCUCUCUCUCUCACGUAUACAUAUAAAUAUAUCUUUUAUGUAUUUCAAUAUUGUAACAUUCUUUUGAUCGGUUGUCAUUUUUCUCGCUCCUGUUUUAGUCACGAGGAGCACAGUUAUCAUGUUGUCUGCGUUUUUUUUUGGUUUUUUUUUUUGAGUCUGGAUGAGUUUGAGGUGCAUUAUUUUGUUUCUGGCAGACGAAGCUGGCGUCUCUGCUCCAAAGUUCAGAACCUCAAGUUAUUAACUCCAGUUCGGCUUUGUUGUUAAUUUACCUUUUUAAAUUCAACAUUUAUUGUUUCUAUGUCCAUAGAUACUUCAAAAAUGGCAUGCAUUUUUUUGUAACCAAGAUGUACAGAACACAAGAGCUAAAAAAAAUAAAAAAAGAUGUAUGUAUGGAUUUGUACAAAAGAAAACCUGGGCUGUAAUCUAACUUGUUAUAAUGUACAAUACUUUUGUAUAGUCUUUGAUUGGGGCAACUUUUAUGCAGAAAGAAACAUUUGCUUUUUAUUGCACCCACAUUUCUGAUCCUUACCUUUUUUUUUUUUUCUUUGCCAUCCCAGAUCUCGGUUCACUUCGGCCUCCCCGGCGCAGUUUAAUUUAAUAAAAAAAAAACCAACAACUGGCAGAUGUGCAGAAAUGUUUCCUGCAUUAUGAUUUGAUUCUGCCGUAUGACUCGUCUUUGUGGAGGUUACAAUACGGCGCAGCGACUAAACUGAUGUUUUAUGGAGUGAUGAGAACCUCAGGCCUUGUUUUACACUCCUGUUUGGGUUUGAAGUUGCUUACCUUGUAAAGUGACGGAGGCUAUGUUAUUGCUGUUCUGUAUUAAACCUAAUUUUUUUUCCUCA